GGAAUCAAAAACGCCGGCUUUAACCGCGACGCUCUUUUGCUUCCUUCUUUUGCUCUAAAAAGCUGGCUUUCUCCUCGAUUUCUACCAUUGAUCCAUGUCUCCUCCUCCUCAUCUACUUCCCUGCUCAGAUCCACGCGGAAACAAGCGCUGAGAAAGGAAACGGGAGAAUAUUUACCAAAAAGGGAUUUGUGGCUGCAAAUCGGUUAAUCCAUCUCUUCUUUUUUCUUGAGAAUUGCACAUUGAGUUUGACUUAUAUUUUCCUUGUCGAUCUUCAUCAUCAUCAUCCACUCUGUCAUUUGUCUGAGUCUGAAGAUUCAGAAAUCAGCCAGUGACCUCCUCUGGCAGUUGAAUCUUAAGUUAUUGCGUAGCUGAUAUUGAAUCUAGUGGCAAUAGAUGAUUAAGUGCAUAUGAAGGAUCACAUAUUGGAGGAAUAUCUUACUUUUUUCGACUCCGGUAAAAUGGAUAAAUCCCACAGAUCGGCACCGAAGAAGCAUGGAGAUGGUUUCGAAGCUCCCCGGAAUAGCUUGGACAUAUCCAGUGCAUCUAGAGGGUAUCACUGUGUCACUGGAGAUGUUCAGAGGUUGAUUGAUGGAGAGACUUCUAGUUCUAGGCAAACAAGUGAUAGAUCUGUUGGACCGAGUGUCGUUGCCCGAUUAAUGGGAAUGAACUCAAUUCCAGAACAAAGUCUGAAAGUUCACACAAAGGAACAUGAAGUCUAUAGAUCAAGAAGAUCGAUGGAAGUAAGCAAAGCCACUGUGAGUUCUACAUCCUCUAGGGAAUCAAAGGACAGCUUACUCGUAAACAGUAAAGGAAGACAUACAAAAGCUGAGAGCAGAGGAAAGCCACACCGACGACAACAUCCACAAGAAGAGCAGCUGAAGAAGUUCAAGGUGGAGUUUGAGGCAUGGCAGGCUUCCAAGUUAUGGGAACAUUCAAAGCAACUGAAACAUAAGACAGAUGGAGAUGGCAAGGAUUACCAAACCCUCCUUGCACAAGAAAUUCUGUGCAAGGAAAAAAUGGCUAAGUAUUUGGAUACCAAGAAAAAAGUGACCGAAAAGAAUCCGACCGGCCUCAUAGCUCAAGGAAAACAAAUAAUUGAUACAAAAGAAGAGGUCAGUUUUGAUUGCUUCCGAGUUACUAAGACUGAUAGGAAACAAGAGAGAACUAAUUCAGCUACACGAAUAGUGAUACUGAAGCCUAAUUUUGAGAGGAUUGACGGCGACGAGAAGCAAAUAGCUGCAUCCUCUGAUCAGUUUGGGAAGGAAAAUAGCAUGGAAGAUUUUCUUGAAGAGGUGAAGCAAAGGCUCAGAACUGAAGUUCAAGGAAGGAGUAGAAACAAUUUUGUAUCAAGAGGAAAUGUAGUGAGGACUUCAUUUGAUGAAAGCGCGAUGAAUCCAAAACAAAUUGCUCAUGACAUAGCAAAACAGAUAAGGGAAAGUGUGACCAGAGACAUGGGAAUGAAUCUGUUGCGAUCAAACUCUACUAGAACUGUUAGGAGUGACAUGCAAAUUAGUCCGGUUGACUCACCGGAGUUCAUUGGAAGAGAUAUGAGGAAAUUUCUAUCCCAGAAAUCAAAGAAUGUGCUAAAAAAUGAGUUACUUUUGGAGAAUCCUUUAAUUAUCCAUGGAGAUUCAGGUGCUUCCUCCACAAAAGGAAAGAAAAUACCAAAGUUGAUAUCUGAUUUCUCAGACAAAGUGAAUGAAUCAGAUCCAAGUCCAACUCAGAAAUUUCUGACAAUCAACUCAGAUUCAGAACCACAACGGAACCUGAUCAGAUCAUUUUCUGCACCAAUGUCUGGAACAGAUUUCGGGAAGCUCCUCUUAGAGGACCAGCAUAUUGCUUCUGCUCAAAUUCACAGGAAGCAUGAACCAUCUGAUAAUAAUUUUUCAGAAACAAGGAAACAAAGAAAGGAUAGUUUUAACUUGAAAGGAACAGUAUCCAAUCUAAAACAUAAUUUAAAUCUUAAAGGAAUGUUGUUUGGGAGAAAGAAUCAGCCAAUAAAGGAAUCAACUCAAGGCAAAUUCAUUUCAGUAGACAAAACAGCCAUGGCUCAGGAGAAAUCUACAGAGGUGCCUCCCAGUCCAGCAUCUGUAUCAAGAAAUUCUGAAGAGUUUUGUAGGCAAGACAACCCGAGUCCGAUAUCACCACUGGAGGUCAUGGAAUACCACAAUUCACCCUGUAUCUCUGAAGAGUUGAGUUCCAAUGCUCCAGGAAGAGAUUUAUCAGAAAAUCUUGAGCAUGGUGGAGCUGAAAUGACAGUAGGAGAGCAGCCUCCAAUGCAAGAAAUAACUGACAUGGAGAACAAGGAUGCGACUCACUUGCAUGAUAUCCUUGCAACUGCUGGGUUUUAUGAGGAUGAGCCAAUCUCAUACCAAGAUUUUGAAAUGGAAGAAGCAUACAGCAAACACGGCAAGGUGGAUACUGAUUCUUCGAUACCUCGCAAUGAUGAUGUAACUAUACGACACAAACUUCUAUUUGACUUGGUGAAUGAGUCUAUGCAAAGUCUGCUCGGUCCGAAUCUAAAAUGCUCCAUGUUCAAGAGAUGGAUUCUAGGCCCAACUUUCUCAUCACAAGGAAAAAGAUUGUUGGAAGACUUGUGGAAUCAGAUUCAGUUGCUCUUAAAUUCUUCAGUUGAUGGUUCUAAUGCUCCAAAUAGCAUGGUGGCUCAAGAUUUGAAGAUGACAACUUGGCCAACGAUGUCGUACGAAGACAUGGAUGUCGUAGGAAGGCAGAUCGAGAGGGCCAUUCUACUGAACUUGAUCGACGAUAUUGUGAGAGAAAUGUGUCUUUGGAACAACUAGAUAGAAAAUAGGUACUAGGGAAAAAGAUAAUUGAUUGUAAUGUUUGUGCAGUCCUCUUCCAUUUAGAAGAAUCUUUUCCACAUUGCAGCCAUAGUAAAAUAAAUUUUUGAGGAAAAAGUUGAUUGAUGUUGAAG